AUUUAAACGUCCACAACACCGCCACAUGAAGUUUAAAAGUCGUGGUGAACAGCGUAGAUCCUCUCCUCGCACCCCCACCUGCUACAGCCUCCACUAUGCCUCACAGGAUCUAUUACUCGGAUAAAUACUACGACGAGAAGUUUGAAUACAGACAUGUUAUGUUACCCAAGGAUUUGUCCAAGCUCGUUCCCAAGACACAUCUGAUGUCAGAAUCUGAAUGGCGAAGUCUUGGAGUACAGCAGAGCCAAGGCUGGGUCCACUACAUGAUUCAUGAACCAGAACCACAUAUAUUGCUGUUUCGACGACCCAUUACCACACCACCGCCAAAAAUGGAUGAGGAAGAUGAGGAGGAAUAAACCUGAUGUUCUGAUAACUCUCCUUGUUUAUCAUGUUGUCAUAGCCUAGCAGAGGCUGGCAGCUGGUACCUGUACCAUUGAUCUGCUUACCAACUCAUUCCUUGGAAAUUCCUUAAUGUAUCUUUUUUCAUCUCUUUACCCUUUCUUAGUUUAUUUGAAUGGAACUGUUCAUUAUUAGAUAUGAAAUAUCCCAAAAUUAUUUGAGUUGUACAUAUAGUUUUAAGGGAGGCUCAUUUUGGGUAAGUGUUGCUGAACAUUGAACAGCUGCAUUUAAAUUAAGCAGGAACUAGUUUAUGUGAUUAGUUGCCAACUUUCUUGGUAAACCUGUUGUUUCCACUUCCUUGUGUAUUCCUCAACAUGUUUUGAUUUUCAUCUCCAUCCAUGAGUUGUUUCAUACCUGUUCAAAUAUAAAUUUUUAUAUAA